UGAUGUAGUGUACAGGACCAAAAGCAGCGCUGACAAGGCUGUGUCCAUCUGCGCAAACAUGGCUGAUGAAACAGCGAAAGCGCAGACUGCCAAACCGGGUGGAGACACAAUAUUUGGGAAAAUCAUACGGAAAGAGAUUCCUGCCAAUUUUGUCUACGAAGAUGACAAGUGUGUAGCCUUCCCUGACAUUUCGCCACAAGCUCCCACUCACAUCCUUGUGGUUCCGAAAAAGCCAAUUGUGAGUCUGUCAAAGGCAGAGGAAGGCGAUGCUGCAUUGUUGGGCCACUUGAUGAUAGUUGCAAAGAAAGUUGCUCAGGAUGCAGGCCUGACCAAAGGCUACAGGAUUGUUGUCAAUGAUGGACCUGAUGGAGGCCAAUCAGUCUAUCACAUCCACAUUCACGUCCUGGGUGGCCGUGGAAUGAAUUGGCCCCCUGGCUAACCUCCAUCGCCCUGUGCAGACCGAGACCAUCCUGCCAUCAGUGUUCAACCAGUGCUGUUAAAUUUUGACUUAACCUGUCAUGUGACACAUGUUAAACUAAAUCUGGAAGUCUGUCAAUGAAAAUAAAAUGCAUUUCACAACAA